AUGGAGAAACUCACUACUAAGGUUAAGGAGCUCGAAUUGGAGAAUACUGAAUUACGGAUUCAGAUGAACCGAGUUAUCUUGGAAAAUCAGAAUUUGAAGGAUGAACGUAAGGGGAAAGCCCAGGAACUUGAGGAUAGUAACAAGAGAGCCAGGCUAUUAGAAGACCAGAAGGACGAUCUUGAUCAUAUCCUUAUAGGUUCCACAUCAGUGAUCCGAACUAGGAAGGAAGAGCUCAAGAAAGCUGAAUAUAGAAUCUGUGAGUUAGGGAGAAUGUUGGAUAAAUCUCUUAUGGAUAAGAAAGAAAUUAAGCUCGACUUUGAGGCACAGAUCCGUGAACUGAGGGACACUCUGAAGAAAUGCAAGGAGAAGUUGUCUCGCGAGAUACUCCAAAAAGAAGAAGCUGAAAGAAACUAUCACCAUCUCAAGUACCAGUUGGAAGAGGCUAAUAGGAGGUUUGAAGUUUUGGAGAGCCAAGAAGGUGAUGCAGCCUACUUGCUCCUAAAGAAUGAUUGUGUGUACUGGAAAAGGUUGUAUAGAGAGGCUAGAGCAACCUUAGAUGAAGAUCAACAGGUCAUCAAGAAACUCCAAGAGCUCUAUGUUGAAUGGAAUGGCAAGUUCCGCAACUUGGCUAGAUUUGUUAACCUCAACAUGUUGGAACUCCUAGAAAAACUCCAGGAAGCGGAUUGGUGUAUGUGUCCCAAAAACACGCCUCCUCAAGUUUUCAAUUUCAUCAAGUUUUGCAAGAAAACGAUGAAGGAGCUCACCACAGAUCUUGCUACGGUCAUACGAGCUGAGACAGAGCUUAAGUUUACUUGUACUUGA